AAACAAAUCCCAAUAAUUUGUUUGGUUUUGUAGUUGCUCUAAUGGCGUCGAGGGAACGAAGCUUCCUCUCUGAAGAUAUCCCCUUGGAUCUCACCGUUGACAAGCAAUAAUUACAUUAACAAUCAAAGUAUAUCCUCUUUUUUUUUCUCGGUGUCGAGCUUUAGUUGGCUUCCCGCGAAAUCAAGAUCGGUCAGGCUUUUGCUCAAAGUUCAACCGCCACAUCGUUUCAAUUAGGGCAUUCAUCGAUGAAAAUGGAGUUUUAAUUUACCUUCCUUUCUUUCUUUUUCUUUUUUUCCCUUCUAGUUUCUGAAAAUCUUGAAAUGAAUUCCGACGUUGAUUAGCCAACAGUAUCGCGGGACUUUCCGCAGUUCACUUUCGGUAUAAAGAAGAAUUGCUGAGAAAAUUUCGAAGCAGGGAUUUUAAUUCAAAAUUUUGGUUAAAGGCAAGAAAUGGCAACACCAGUUGAGCCUCCUAAUGGUAUUCAUUACCAAGGAAAACAUUACUAUUCCAUGUGGAGAACAUUAUUCGAAAUCGACACCAAAUAUGUGCCGAUCAAGCCUAUUGGGAAAGGGGCAUAUGGUAUCGUUUGCUCUUCUGUGAAUCGCGAAACAGACGACAAAGUUGCCAUUAAAAAGAUAAACAAUGCCUUUGACAACCCUGUUGAUGCACUGAGAACUUUGCGUGAAUUGAAGCUUCUUAGACAUCUUAGACAUGAAAACGUGAUUGCUUUGAAAGAUGUUAUGAUGCCAAUUCAUAGGAGAAGCUUCAAGGAUGUUUAUCUAGUUUAUGAACUUAUGGAUACGGAUUUGCAUCAAAUUAUUAAGUCUCCCCAAGCUCUUUCAAAUGAUCACUGUCAGUAUUUCCUCUUCCAGUUACUUCGAGGUUUGAAGUAUCUUCACUCAGCAAAUAUUCUCCACCGUGACCUGAAGCCAGGAAAUCUUCUUAUAAAUGCAAAUUGUGACCUUAAAAUUUGCGACUUUGGAUUGGCACGCACUAGCAAUGCCAAGGGUCAAUUCAUGACAGAGUAUGUUGUCACUCGCUGGUACAGGGCCCCUGAGCUUCUCCUUUGCUGCGACAACUAUGGAACAUCCAUCGAUGUGUGGUCUGUUGGAUGCAUCUUUGCGGAGCUUCUUGGCCGAAAACCCAUCUUCCCUGGUACAGAGUGUCUCAACCAACUUAAGCUGAUCAUCAACAUACUUGGCAGCCAGAAGGAAGAGGAUCUUGAAUUUAUAGAUAACCCCAAGGCAAGGAACUACAUUAAAUCACUCCCAUAUUCCCAUGGAAUCCCCUUUUCUUGUCUUUAUCCAAAUGCCCAUCCUUUGGCAAUUGAUUUACUGCAAAAAAUGCUAGUUUUUGACCCUUCAAAAAGGAUUGGUGUAACUGAAGCACUCCAACACCCUUACAUGGCACCCUUGUACGAUCCCAACCGCAAUCCUCCAGCCCAAGUGCCAAUUGAUCUUGACAUAGAUGAGGAUUUAGGGGAAGAAAUGAUCAGGGAGAUAAUGUGGAAGGAAAUGCUUUAUUACCAUCCUGAAGCUGCUAAUGCUAAUGGUGAGGUGUGUGUCUAAUCUUUUCCACAUCUUCCUUAAGCACUCUGCAGUCAAGCCUAUGAGGCUGUUUUACUACUGACGAGCAGGGUUUUAACCUGGUGGUAUUAAGAUGCUAUAUUUAUGUCUUUGCUACUCCUUUAUGGCUUUAAUAAUGUUGGAGAAAGGCAGGCAAUAUGUCUGUUGUCGGCUGUGAUGCCUGAUAUAACUAAAUUUUGUACCAAUAGCUUAUUUAGGAGCUUGAGUUACUUUCUGUGGAUGCCUUGAAAAAAAGAAGAAGAAUAAAAGUUACAUAUAAGGGUGCUGCUUGAUGUGUCUUAAACUCUGAGUCUUUGAACUUAUUUUCAUUACAUGUAAUGUAAAUUAAGUUUAGACGUUGGGAGCAUUAA